GUGGGUUUAAUACCUGGUGUGGUGAGGAAGAGUGCCAACAGAUGGCGCUGGCAUCGUUCUGACACCACGGCAGCAGCCGAAUUUUUGUCGCUCGCUGAUUGUGGCGGCUCCCACCACCACCAUGGCAUUAUGAUCCCCUUUUAUGGAGGUGUAAGAGCGGGUGAAGAACGGAGGUGACACAUCUUUGACCUGAUCUGAGCUGACCUGACCUCCACUGGUGAGUGUAUAGUGAGGACGUCCCCCGGGGAGGGCGCCCCCCCCCUGAGGCGAUCACAAUGAUGGACUUGGUGAACCUGCGUCAGCGUCUGGCUGCCCACGGCCAAGAACACCUCCUCCAGUUCUGGGACGUGCUCACCGAGGCCAACAAGAGGACGCUCUACAAUGACCUCAACGAGUUGGACUACGAUGAGGUAUGUGGAUUUUACAAAAGAACGGUAGUAUCUCUCAAUGAGGAGCAGACGAAGCUUGACGAAAGAAUGCAGCCCAUCCCAGCGGAGAUGCAUGGAUCUGUCACGCGUACCCCACUUGAGAAAAUCACUGAUUAUGAGGAGGCAGGUCUGCGUGAAGUGAGUGCAGGGCAUGUGGGAGUGCUCCUGCUGGCAGGUGGACAGGGCACUAGACUUGGCGUCGACUAUCCCAAAGGCAUGUAUGAUGUUAAGUUGCCAUCUGCGAAGACUCUUUACCAGCUCCAGGCAGAAAGAAUACUGAGGCUUCAACAUCUUGCUAAGGAGAAGCAUGGCAAGUGUGGAAACAUUCCAUGGUACAUCAUGACCUCCGAGCAUACCAAGGAGCCCACCAUGGAUUUCUUUGCUCGUAACCAUUAUUUUGGUUUGGAGAAGGAGAACCUGGUGGUGUUUGAACAGGGAAUGUUGCCUUGCUUUACCUUUGAUGGGAAGAUUAUCUUGGAGUCGCCAUACAAGGUGGCCCGUGCACCUGAUGGCAAUGGUGGGCUCUACAGAGCACUCAGGGAGAAGAAUGUGCUAGAAGAUAUGGAGCGUCGAGGAAUUAAAUACGUUCAUGUGUAUUGUGUAGAUAACAUUCUAGUCAAGAUGGCAGAUCCAAUCUUCAUUGGCUACUGCCUUUCUAAAGGAGCAAAUUGUGGAGCAAAAGUUGUAGAAAAGGCCUUCCCAACUGAGGCAGUUGGUGUGGUAUGUAAGGUUGAUGGCAUCUAUCAAGUAGUGGAGUACAGUGAAAUUACCCUAAAGACAGCUCAAAAACGAAACCCUGAUGGAAGGCUCACAUUCUCAGCUGGCAACAUUUGUAACCAUUAUUUCACUACAGAUUUCUUGAAAAAAGUUGUGUAUGGUGACUAUGAAGCUAGCAUGCAUCAUCACGUGGCCAAGAAGAAGAUUGUCAUGGUCAACUCUGAUGGCAAGAGCAUUAAGCCAGAAAAGCCUAAUGGCAUCAAGAUGGAGAAGUUUGUCUUUGAUGUCUUUCAGUUCUCAAACACCUUAGCAGUGUGGGAAGUAAUACGUGAAGAUGAAUUUGCUCCGCUCAAAAAUGGGGAUGGGGCCGAGAAGGACACCCCAACCACGUGUCGUCAUGCACUCUUCUCUCUUCAUCACCGCUACCUUCUGAAUGCUGGCGGAACUCUCAUAGACGAAGAGGGUGAACCCCUUCCUCUAAUCCCCAGGCCAGAAGACAGACCAGUGUCGGUAGUGAGCAGCCCUGCUGCUGCUCCAAAAUGUCCUACCACUGAAAAUGCCAACACAGAGUACAAUAAUAAUGAUGCCAUUAUGAGUAUUAAGGAAAAGAGAUGCAACUGGCUGACACGCCUGUUACCACAUAUAUGUGCCUUAUGGUCCAGCCAAAAAGAAAUGCGGUGGGAUGAAUGCCCGGUUGUGGUGGAGAUUUCGCCCCUCGUGUCAUAUGCUGGAGAAGGACUGGACGACCUGGUAGCAAACAAGAAGUUCACCUGUCCCUUACUCUUGAAUGAGCCGUCAAUGAAAAUCAAAGUGUAGCCUUGACUGCUUCCAGCAUUACUUAUCUUCACUUCAAUAAAUCAUAUCUUGUAUAUCACAUACCAUAAAAUCAGAUUAAUCUGAAAAAUACCAUUUA